AUGGCGCCAUUGACGUUCCAGCUACUCAACCUCUUUGGGAAACCGCCCAUGUCGGGUGUGGCUUGUCGCUGGGUCGCUCACGAGGAGGUGAUACUAUGGUACCUUACAGUCCACACAUGGCUUCUCGGGACACUUCUUGUCGUGAGCCUCUUCGUACUGGCUACUCGAUUGUUUGGGAGAAGUUUUCGGUUCGGGCAGCACCAAAAUCAACCCCCGGACUCUUCAGUGUCAGAGCCAGACAUACAGCUGCAGUACCUGGGCUUAUGCUGGAGAGGCAGCCGAAGAGACAGAGACAUCGCCCAGAGUUUCGCCAGAGAAGGUCGGGCCUUGAUCCCUCUGUACGAGCAUGGCGUCGCUGUAACGAGAAGAUGUCGCCAGAGGGACGAUCUCCAGAGUGGGAUUCGAGGCGGAGCAGGAGACGAAGCCGAGACCGAGUCGCCGAAUGAACAUGUUCCGACCACUGGAGAGCCCGACCACCAAGAUGAUCAGGAAUCCGCUCACCAUCUCGAAAACAUGAGCGAGUACCUCGAACUUGAAGACCUCCUCGAAGCAACAAUCGACGAUUUUGACGAGCUCGAGAGCCACCACGACGGGACUUUGCUGCGAGAGGCACUGAUACGCAACGAGCGCAGACGCCUUCGUCGAGACUAUCGCGAGUUGAAGGAGCGCUUAGACCAUCACAUGAGGCUCCUGGGGCUUGAACCCGAGGAGCUAGACACCGAAGGGGUGGACGGGUUGGGACGGACUAGGAUUCGUGUGGCCGAGCAAGAAGUGUAUGCAGAUGGUCCUUCGCCACGGAGGCGUCGACAUCGGUGGUCUGAAUAG